CCCCCUCCCCAGCAUAUCGCUUACGCACGUUAGAAAUGAUAGUGUCUUCCACAAUACAUUUAUCGGGCUUGAGGAAACCUCGUUUGAAAUCCGAAUUCGAUUUGAGCUUUCACGACAGGCAUCUCCAUGAACGCAAUGACUAGCGGCGAAAUUUACGAAUUGCAGCAAUCGACUCCCCUGUUAUCCGACCCAACACAUUCAGCACCAGAACGCAUUGAUCAGGCAACUCCCCUUCUAUCCAAAUCAAUACAUUUAGCACCAAAACCAGAGCACCGUAACCAAGUUGACAGCAAAAUUCGCAUCACAGAUGAAAAUGUCAACGACUCAAGCACUACCACCUCGCCCAAUCUUUCAAAACCGCAAGCCAACAAACCCCUUAACAUCCCCCAUCCGAAAAUGUGGAAUCCAAUAUGGUUCCACAAAACCGUGCUUAUAUCUCUAGCAUCCCUCCUCGCAGCGCUGCUCGUCGGACUCGGUCUCCUGUGUUAUUUCUCCCACGCGCACCAUGGCUUCGAUACGUAUCUUCUGCAGAAUGCGUAUAGUUGGAAGUACGGACCAACGGCCUUGUUCAUUAUUCUUUCUAGUAUGUGGAUACAAGUCGACUUCUGGUCUAAAGUCCUUGUUCCAUGGCAGGAAAUGAUCAAAAGCGAUGCUUCAGCCGAGAAGAGCGUAUUACUCGAUUACGUUUCAAGUAACCUCGUCGUUUCUGGAAGAGACGCUUGGAAGAAUGCACAUUGGGUUGUGGUUGCAACGACUGUUGGCGCGGGAUUGUUGGAACUCCUCACGAUUCUAUCCACUGCGCUCCUCACUGUAGGACCGAUUACGCUGACUAAUAACAAUUUCCCCAUGUUGCAGACGACACGAUUCGCGAGGGGUUCGCUAGAUACAGCCUACAAAUCGACACUAGCACUCGCAGCCUACAGUGGUAUCCUUACGCAAGGUCUUCCACAUCCGAAUGGAAGUUUUGCAAAUCUGGCUUAUGAGACGAUAGAGCCGGCGCAAGGGCUUCCGACGAGUAAUGCAACUGUCACCGCAGACACCGUUGCCUUCUUCCCCGAGUUGAACUGCGAGGUCGCCAAUGUUUCGUUACUUGGCCCUAGGUUUAAUCUCAAUUUCACAGACUCGAAAUGCUCGUUUGAGUAUCCGUAUUCCCAAGAUGUUAGAUGCGACCCUACAGCGCGAUCAUGCGGUGAGAAGGAAGUGUCAGCGAUAUGGCAGCCACUUACGGGGCCUCGCUAUAAUGGGACAGUAUGCGGCGAUGGCCCCGACAACACUCGGAUAAUUUUCGCUGUCAUUCAACAGGACUUUGGAAAGGGGUCCGAUAAGAAGAACAUCUCGGAGGUAGCAACGACAAUGACGGGAGCCAUCUGCCGCCCACGGUACUCCCUCCGACCAGCAAGCUUGACUUUCACGGGCUCCCUGGCGAACCCAAGAGCAAUUCAAAGCGUCAAAGAAAAUUAUCACGGGGUGAAGACAAACGACACGAUUUACGGCGUCAGCAACCUCAACCUCACAGGCGCUCUCUGGAAACUGUUCACUAUGGGAACUUUCAAUGUUCGCGAUAACGACGCACCGAAUUGGUACGACCUGAAUACUUUCGACGAGGGAGGAAUGUUUCGUCUGAUGCGGGCCGUGAACAACGGGUCUAGUCUAAGCGCUUUUAUGGACCCGGAUACGCUUAUUUCAACAGCGGAGACUUGUUAUCAAGGGGUCACUUCGCAGCUCGCGAGACAAUACCUACUCGUGGGUACCAAUGGAUAUUCACCAGUGGCAACAGUGGAGUAUGUUGAGAAUCGCCUGCAUCCUGUUAUUCUCUCAGUGUGGCUAACAGGUGUGGGCCUUGUUCUAUUAAUUGGCCUUCUAGUGGUGGUGUUACUAUUCCGUCCUCGGGAUGUUGUGCCUUGCAAUCCGACAUCUAUGGCUGGCAUUUUGACCAUCAUGGCUUCAAGUAAGGAGUUUAAUGCUACACUGAGCAAGAAGAUUCACCCUGGGGAAAUACCCCUCGAGUCCUGUUUUGGGGGAACACAGAUCUUCACUAAUAUCGUCUCUAUAGAAGAUGAGCAAUCUCCGGCUUUCCGCAUCGAAAUCUCUCCUAACUCUACAAGUCCCUUGCAGUCUAAAGCAGCUUCUAAAGGGGGGGGACCCUGGUGGAAGCCUUUGCCCAUCCAAAUCCCUUACUUUUCUUUCGCCACUCUCCUCCCCGUUACUCUCAUCAUCAUUCUUGAAAUCCUCCAGAGACUUUCGGACCAAAACAGCGGUUUCACGUCCAUCAGUUCCCUCCGUACUGCUCAGGUGCUCGCCAACAUCAUACCCGCUGGUGUCAUGGCACUGGUUCAUACGAUGAUCAAGUCUAUCUCCUACGAUCUCCGCUUAUUGGCACCAUUCAAAACCAUGCACAAAUCAAACGCUCCGGCCCGUCGAAGUGUUCUUGUCCACCACCUCGGCGCGGGAUCUGUUCCCGCGAUAUUUGAAGCGGUUCGAGCUCAAAUUCCGACCGUAGUGCUCUCAGCAACAGCGUCGUUGUUAGCAUCGGUGCUGACUAUUGUUGUGUCCGCGCUAUACUCCAGUGACACUGUAUCGCAACAGAUGGAUAUAACGCUCCAACGCCUCGACUCGUUCGAUCUCAGCUGGGGGAACAACAACACCAACUUGACAAACGUGAGCCUCGCUUUCAAUCUCAUUGAACAUUUCAACAUGACAGAUGCGCCAUCGACGUACCAGGACCUGGUUUUUCCCCGGUUCCAGCUUUCAGACGAGCAUGCCGGGGUCAUCAACAACGCACAACAGUCAAUCACAGCCACGGUCCCCGCAUACCGAGCUUCUCUAAAUUGCACCGCCGCUGCCCGCGAAAGCAUUACUGCGAAAGUGAACCCCCCUCUUUCGGGCUGCUUGAGUAGCACGAUGUUCGUGGAGCCAGACGUCAACGUUUAUGCCAAAGUCCCGCUUCCAUCCAAAUGCCUUCAAAGCAUGGAAAGGCAGAACCAGAAUAACAGUAAAUUCACUGCCGACGUCACAAUGGGUUUUUGUUUCGGAGCCAAUAGCACUGGAUGGACACCCAUGGGACGUAUGGAGGAUAUAAACAACGAUUCCGACGAUUGUCCGAGUCUGGCAUUUGCAUUUGGAGUGUUUUUUGCUAACAAGACUGGUUUUACCAAACAUAUAUCGACCGAGAAUACCACGGUAUUGGCGUGCAGUCAGGCGAUUGAGCGAGUGGAUACUAUAACCACGUUCGUGGGGCCAGACCUUAGCAUCGACCGCAGAAAUCCUCCUGUACCAGAUGAAUUCAAGGCUGUAUCGGUAGGCAAUUUUCAAUAUGAGCUCGGACUCAACAUCUCAAUCAAUUCAUUUGACUUCCCCGGCCAAGACUCUGUUAUGGAGAGGGAAUUAGAUAGGUUCCUCCAGGCCGUAAUAUUCGGCCCGGGGGGAAUAUCGUUGGAUGAGCUUCGGGACACGGAAAUAGCGACGAGAGGGAUUCAGAAGACAUAUGGGCAGUAUAUGGCGGAGGCGUUAAACCGAGGAAUGAGGCGGUCACCCAAUACCACUGCUUCUAGCCCCGAGAAUGAGAAUGAGGAGCAGAACGAGGAGCAAACCAGCUUUACAGCCUCAACCCUCGCGCCGAGAGACCGCCUGAAACAGAAUGCUACACCGAAACUUGUGCUACAGAUUCUAUUGGGUGUGAUCUUGCUGCUAAUCGCCGUGGCCUGGGUACUGGCUGGUGAUCUACGGACCGUGUUACCGCAUAGUCCGUGUUCGAUUGCGGGAAUGUUAGUUUUAAUUGCCGGAAGUGAGGUUUUGGAGAGGGAAGUUGUUCCAAAGGGUGCUGAGUGGAUGGGGGAAAAUGUAUGGAGGAAACAAGGCGUUUUUGAGGGAUGGCUAUUUAGUCUAGGAUGGUGGGGGGGGAAAGAAGUGAAGGAAGUGAGGAAGAGGUAUGGCAUUAAUGUUGGAAGGGCAGAAGGAUAGAUUUCUGGGGGCCGCGAUCUUAAAG